CACUUUUACACUUUCUGUUGCUUCGUUUAUAAGAGUACUUAGCAAAUUCCUUGUCACUGGACAGAGGAAAUCGUAAAUCUGAUCCUGCUCAUCGAAACUUUUAACCCGUUUCAUUUAUAUUGCAGCUAUUGGUCGAUCUCAUAGUACCAUCAUGUUAUGGCUACUUCCCACUCUUCUGGUCCUGCCUUGCAUUUUACCUUUGGAAGCUGAGACCUGCCCACAGUAUUGUAUAUGUGACAAUAUCCGAUUGUAUGUAGCAUGUGCCAAUAAAAACUUGACUUUAGUUCCUUCUUCCAUCCCCCAGUACACCAGAAAACUAGAUCUCCGAGGCAAUGAUCUGAAGUUUAUUCCUAGUCGAAACUUAGCAGCUGUACCUUACUUAUUGCACCUUAACCUUCAAAAAUGCAACAUUGAAAGACUAGAGGAAGGAGCUUUUCGUGGCCUUGGGCGUUUGGUGUAUCUUAAUCUUGGCUUCAAUCAUAUCCGCUUCAUACUCCAGGAGUCAUUUGAUGGGCUAUCAUCCCUCCAGUAUCUAAACCUGGAGAAAAAUAAUCUAGAAGAGAUCAUGCCCGGUGCAUUCAGUCAAUUAGGUUUUCUAAACUUUUUACAUCUUGGAGAUAACUACUUGGUAUAUUUGCCAGAUAUGUUAUUUCAGGGACUACAGCAAGUGAAAUGGAUACGUCUUUCUAACAAUAAGAUUAACAUCAUAGCUAAUGAGGCAUUUUUAGGCCUGGCAAAUCUAAAGAGGCUAAGCCUGGAUCAUAAUGAACUUCAAUUCCUGCCUACAGAACCGCUUUCAAGACUGUCCGGACUUAUCAAGCUUGAAAUGGGAUGGAAUCCAAUCACCUUCGUUGGAGAGGAAGCUAUUCAGAUGGCAUCUCUAAAACAGCUUUUUCUUAAUAACAUGGUACUACAAGAUGUUUCCUUCAAAGCAUUUGAAAAUAGUCCACAACUGUCUUUGAUUGACUUGAGUAAUAACCAAAUAAGGACAAUCCAGGCCCUGGCUGGCUUGGAGAAGCUGAAUCAUUUGAAUUUGACUGGGAAUACUUUACAUUGUGAUUGCUACCUAAAGUCUUUCAAAGAGUGGGCCAAUUUAUUAAGAGUAAAGGUUGAUCUUAUUUGCUCUGGCCCAGUCCACUACUUUGGAGAUCACUUAGAUUCUCUGAGAUCUAAAGAUUUGAAAUGUACUAGUCAUUUUGAUGAAGAGGAUCACGUAUUAACAUCUAUGGAAACUAUAAAUCAAAGUUCCUGCCCACAGGGCUGUGACUGUAAACCGGAUUUAAAACACUCUAGUUGUGCAAAUAAAGGUCUCAAUGAGAUUCCCAAAGGUUUUCCUGAGGACACAAUCCUCCUUGACCUGCAUGGAAAUGCUUUUAACUCUGUACCCAAGAGAAUGUUUUUAAAGAUGAAACAUGUGACAUCUCUUCAUCUCCAGAACAGCCAGAUCAAAGAACUACGAUUAGGGGCAUUAUUUGGUAUGACCAAUUUGGUCUACCUUUACUUGUCUAAUAACCAGAUUUCUUCUAUCAAUCCAGCUUUAUUCCAGGACACACCUAAAAUUGGCUAUUUAUACCUGGAUCACAAUAGAUUCACUAGGAUUCCAAAGGGAACAUUCCAAUUUCUUCCUAACCUUUUUUCUCUCCAUAUGCAGCACAAUUCAGUUAGCUUACUCAAUGAUUACAGUAUGUAUGGAGCAGAAAAGCUUCACUGGAUCUACUUAACAGGAAACAAUAUCAGCUUUGUUGCUCCUUUUGCUUUCAGAAACUUACAAAUACUGAAGAAGCUUCAUUUGGAUGGGAACUUGUUAACAAAGGUGCCAACUGAAGCUCUUAAACAAACCUCUUUCAUUGAAGAGCUAAAGCUAUCAAGGAACCCCAUUAAAUACAUAGGGAACAGUGCCUUCUUGCCAAUAUCUCAAUCAUUACAACACUUGCAUCUUGAUGGCAUGGGGCUGGAAAAGAUUUCAAAAGAUGGAUUUUUGGGACUAGGACAGAAUAUCAAAAGCCUAUAUUUGGAAAAUAAUAAAUUACAGAACCUUCCCAACAUGAAGAACUUUAUUAAUCUAGAAGUCAUUAACUUGGCCAAUAACCCAUUUCAAUGUGAUUGCCAGCUUCUCCCUCUCCGUAGGUGGAUUAACACUCUAAAUCUGAAGGUAGGGGCAGUUUGUGCAGCUCCUAACACAGUUAAAGGUCAAAAGAUCAGACAUGCGCCCUUCCUAGUCUGCUCUACUGGGAAUAAAGGACUACAAGCGUAAGCAAAACCAAAAUCAAUUCGCAGGACAAAGCAACCCUUGUCAUGUGACAGAAAAAAACAAAUAUUUGUGGGGGUCACAAUGAGGAAAAUGUAUUUUAAUAAAAUAUAAAUUGUGAUAAAGCAUAAUUUAAAUGGCAUGUAACAAUAUUUGAUAUAAAAAACCCAAGUAAAUGUGUCUUAAUAUGACAAAUGUUUUUGUUGUUCAGCCAAGGUCAUUACACAUGUAAUAAAAAAAAAAAAAAACAA